AUCCUUGUUGCAUCAACUUCCUCAUUGUUGCUUCCACAAGCCUAGUUCUGCAUCCUGAUUCGUGCCUGAAAUGUUUGAUGCUGUGUUCCUGUGCUGACUUCUGGAAUAAAGCUUCAUGGAAAACCCAGUCUCAAGUCCUGGGUCUGCAUCUCUGGUUGGGAGCCAGGACAAGGAGGGUGGUGUGAAGAACCAGUGAACUUCAGUGGAAAAAAUACAGGCUCAUUGUAUGGCUUUAGGAAAAGUCAUGGAAUCUGAGCCGUGAUCCCCAAUCUGUAAAAUGAGAAUGAUAAUGACUGGCCUUUCCAGGAUUUGUGAAGAUGGCGGUGCACAAGAUUCUCAUCCUUUUUGGCAGCCAGACUGGGACUGCCGAAGACGCUGCUGAGAGGAUUGGACGGGAAGCCAAGCGACGGCAUUUCCAGUGUACGGUCGAGGCCCUGGAUGACUACAAUGUGGCAAACCUUAUCCAUGAGCCGCUGGUGGUGUUCAUCUGUGCAACCACGGGACAAGGGGACCCUCCUGAUAAUAUGAAGAAUUUCUGGAGGUUCGUAUUCCGAAAGAGCCUGCCUCCCACCUCCCUGUGCCGGAUGGACUACGCUGUUCUGGGGCUCGGAGAUUCCUCCUAUCCCAAGUUCAACUUUGUGGCCAAGAAACUGCACAAGAGGCUUCUCCAGCUGGGAGGCAGCCCCAUUGUGCCAGCAGCACUGGGAGACGACCAGCACGACUUGGGGCCAGAUGCAGUCAUUGACCCAUGGCUUUUGGACUUGUGGGAAAAAAUCUUAGCUCUGUAUCCCCUUCCUUCUGGUCUCCACAUAAUCAGUCCAGAUACCAUGUUGCCCCCAAAGUUUACUUUUCAGCUUCUGGAUGAGGCCUCAAGCGGCCGCACUGAGAGCCAGCAUCUUCAGCCGGAGCAGCCCUUUCAAGAAGCCCCCUCAGAGCUUCACCCUUUCCCUGCCUGGAUGGUGUCCAAUCAAAGAGUGACAUCCGAGUCGCAUUUUCAGGAUGUCCGUCUCAUUGCGUUCGAUGUCUCUGGCUCUGGGAUCGAGGCUGCUGCCGGUGAUGUAGUGAUGAUCCAGCCAUGCAACGCGCCUGAGGAGGUGCAGCUCUUCUGUGACCUGCUGCACCUGGAUCCUGACGCGCACUUUGUGUUGAGGCCCAUGGAGGCAGGCACUCCCCUUCCGGCCCACCUGCCCCAGCCAUGCUCAGUCCAUCACCUGGUGAGCCGCUACCUAGACAUUGCCUGCGUCCCCCGCCGCUCCUUCUUUGAACUCCUGUCCCGUUUGUCUCCGAACGAGCUGGAGCGGGAGAAGCUGCAGGAGUUCAGCUCCACGCAAGGCCAAGAGGAGCUCCAUGCUUACUGCAACCGGCCACGCAGGACCACGCUUGAGGUCCUCUGCGACUUUCCUCAGACGACCUGUGCCAUCCCGUGCGAUUAUCUGCUAGACCUCAUUCCACGGAUCAGGCCCCGUGCCUUCUCAAUCGCUUCCUCGAUGCUGGCCCACCCCAACAGAAUCGAGAUCCUCCUGGCGGUGGUGCGUUACAAGACCCACCUUAGUAAACCUCGGCGUGGCCUGUGUUCAACGUGGCUGGCUGGUUUAGACCCACAGAACGAGGCCGUGAGGGUCCCUCUGUGGGUGAAGAGAGGAGGGAUGACAUUCCCAGCUGACCCAGACACACCUGUGAUCAUGAUUGGACCUGGCACAGGAGUGGCACCUUUCCGAGCAGCCAUACAGGAACGCGGUGCCCAGGGCAAAAAAGGGAACUGCCUGUUCUUUGGCUGCCGACAAAAAGCCAAAGAUUUCUACUGCCAGUCGGAGUGGGAGGAGCUUCUUGAAAGGGGAUUCCUAGCGCUCUUUGUGGCCUUUUCCCGGGAUCAGGAGGAAAAGGUUUAUGUGCAGCACCGUAUCAAAGAGGAGGAGGAACUGGUGUGGGACCUGGUGAAGCGGGGCGCCCAUAUCUUCCUAGCCGGAAACGCCAAGCAGAUGCCUGAGGCGGUGGCCGGGGCCCUGAAGUGCGUCUUCCAGUCAGGAGGAGGCCUCUCUCCCUCGGAAGCUGAGGAGUACCUUUCUGGCUUGGAACGGGCCCGCCGCUACCAGGCCGAGACCUGGUCUUGAUUUGCUGCCAAAGGGGGCGGGAGGAUGCUUCUCACCCGCUGUUGAUGGGAUGCAGCAAGUGUGGGGUCCUGGACCCAGGUAGGGACCAAUAAAUGGAGGCCAGAACAGCCUCCCCAGACGAUCAA